GGUAGUGUGAGACAAACGAUGGAAAGGCAUGCUUUUACAUCACAUCCGGUGUCCCUGCCGGUCCACUGCUAUUGUGUGGAGAUGGCGGACAGCACAAUUACAGUGACAGUUGCUCAUGGAAGCUCCAAACACAACAUCACACUAACAGAACAGGAUGGAAAGGAGCCAAUACUUAAAGACCUGUCAGAAGCUCUGGCCCAAACCACUGGAGUACCACAGGCUUGUCAGAAAAUAAUAUUUAAAGGGAAAUCCUUGAAGGAAAUGGAGGAAAGUUUGUCCAGCCUUGGAAUAAAGCAAGGAUGUAAACUUAUGAUGAUUGGAAAAAGGAAUAGUCCAGAGGAGGAGGCUGAACUGAAAAAGCUGAAAGACAUCGAGAAGUCUGUGGAGCAAACAGCCAAGAAGUUGGAGAAAGUGCAUGGUGAACUGACCGGACUGAAAAAUGGCUUUUUAGCAAAGGAUCUACAAGCUGAAGCGCUUAAUAAAUUGGACCACCGAGUAAAAAUAUCUGCUGAGCAUUUUAUGAAAAUCCUUGAGGAGCUUGAUUCCAUGACUGUACCUGAAAAUUUUAAUGACUGUAGGAUGAAGAAAAAAGGACUUGUAAAAUCUGUACAGGGAUUCCUUGCUCAGUGUGACAAAAUUGAAGCCGGCAUAUCGGAUCAUCUGGCAAAGAUUCAGAACAAAAACUUAGCCUUGACUGAAUAACGGGAAGUUAACAACAGCGAUCACAUUAAUAUUUGCUCUGUGAGCGACUGAGGAACAAUCACACUGAGCUUCAAUACUGGAGCAGGUUCAACAGUGUUUAUUUAUGUAUUCGUCCUUUAAAGGGCAGCUUAAAUCCUGUCGCAGUGAUCUGGAGAUUAAAAGGUGUAAACUGAUGCAGAAAAUUAAAUAGGUCAUUAAUUAUGCCAAAUCACAUCAUCAUGUUUGUGUAAAUUAUUUUGCUGUGGGCAAUAAAAUGUUUGUUCUUUUAUGAUGCCUUCAAUAUUAAUCAACAACUACUCAUGUUUUCCUUUCCUACUCAAGUUAAAACUUUAAACCUGCAAAACAUUACAUUUGUUCUUUAAGUGGUUUAAUAACUUUUGGAAUAUUGUAAAAAUCAUCUGUAUCUAUAGACACCAAAACCAAUAUACCAAAUAAUUACAUGAAUGCUCUCUU